GAAAUGGCUGCAAUCCAACACGAGAAGAUGAAGUGAAGAAGAAGAAGAAGAAGAUGGUGAGAGUUAAGAAUUUAGCUUUAACAAAAUGGUGAAAGUGUUAAAAAAUAGAAUAAAAAAUACAGCACUUUAACCAUCACCCACCCACUUCAUACACUUCCUCAAAUCACAGAUAGAGAGAGACACAAACGUGUGUCAUGUUCUUUGUGUUGGCAGUUUUCUUUCCUUCACCGAGAAACACUCCUUAGCUCUAUCUUCUUGCUCAAUCCUCUCCCUUCAAAUCCAACUUCUCCUUCAUUUUCUCUCUUUCUUCCCGUAUUCUUCUCCCUCCCAUAAAUUCACGCGCACCCACUUUCUUAUCCGCCCACAUAGAUCCAAAAUUCUUAUCCUUUUCACCAUUCCAAGCCAAUUCCACAACUGGGUUAUCCAAAUUCAAAGCAUUACUUUACUAAUUAACGCAAACCUAAUUAUCUGGUUGCAGUCCCAAGUUCCCGAUUUUGGCUUUUCGGAUCAAAGUCAUCAACCCAUGUCGCGACUCUUUGGUAGAUGGAAGAAGGCGAAGGAAAUGGCGUCGCUUUCGGGGUUUCUGCCACGUGGGCACCAGCGAAUCGGGUUAAAUUUUUGCCCAAUUUCGACCCAGCUGAAUAUGAUAUCCGGCCACCGGCGGUGGGAGGCUCAGGUGGGGGUUCAGGAGCGGUAUAAGUGGGACCGUGGCGGGUCGGACGACAACCCGACCCGGAAGAUCCGGGCUGAGGCUAAUUGCCCACGUUGCACUAAGGACAUGAACCUUGUUUUCUCUAAUCGCCAUUUUCCCACCCCACAAAGUGAGUCUAAUUCUGAGUUGGGUGGCGAGGGAGAGAGAGAAAAGGGUUACCAAGCGGUUAACCUUUGCCCGAGUUGCAAAACUGCUUAUUACUUUCGCCCUUAUGACACUACACCUUUGCAAGGUACUUUCGUGGAGAUUGGUAGGGUCAGUAGCACUAACAAUAAUGGUCUUAAUAAUGUAAGUGGUAAGGGACAUUCUCCUAGGAGGAUUACACAUGGGAAAGGUGGUGGCAAAGAAGGUAGUAGUAGUAGUACUAGUAGGGGUAUUCAUGGAGGAGAGGAAUCUGGCCCGAAGAGUAAUAAUAAUGCAAGUAAAUGGCUUGAAGUGUCAUUGUGGGAGACUUUGAUGUCAUACAAUGGUGGUGGUGGUGGCGGUAAUGGUAGUAGUGGGGAGCCACCUGAGUCGUGGCCUGGUGUUAAUGGGAAUGAGAAUGGGUUGGCUGUGCAUACUCCUCCAGGCCCACCUUUUGCACCUGGGAUUAAUGUUAUCCGGGCUACGGGCCCCCGGAAUGGUGGUUCAGGUGGUGGUGGUGGUGGUGGUGGAGGCGAUGGUGAGAAGACUUCCUGGGGAGGAUCCAAUUUGGGGAAGGAUUUGCCCUCACCGAAGGAGAUAUGUAAGGGUCUUGACAAGUUUGUUAUUGGCCAAGAGAGAGCCAAGAAGGUACUUUCUGUAGCUGUUUAUAACCACUAUAAAAGAAUAUACCAUGCCACUUUACAGAAAGGGUCAACUGUAGAUUCAGAAGUAUUAGAUGAUGACGAUAAUGUGGAUCUAGAAAAGAGUAAUGUUCUCUUGAUGGGUCCAACAGGUUCAGGGAAGACAUUACUUGCCAAAACACUGGCUCGAUUUGUGAAUGUGCCAUUUGUCAUUGCUGAUGCAACAACCUUAACACAGGCUGGUUAUGUUGGAGAAGAUGUUGAAUCAAUACUGUACAAACUACUAGCGGCAGCAGAUUUCAAUGUUGCAGCAGCUCAACAAGGAAUAAUUUACAUUGAUGAAGUUGACAAAAUAACUAAGAAGGCUGAGAGCUUAAAUAUCAGCAGGGAUGUUUCUGGUGAGGGUGUUCAGCAGGCAUUAUUAAAAAUGCUGGAAGGAACUAUAGUAAAUGUUCCUGAGAAAGGAGCCAGGAAGCAUCCAAGGGGGGAUAACAUUCAGAUGGACACAAAAAAUAUUCUUUUUAUAUGUGGUGGAGCAUUUAUUGAUCUUGAAAAAACCAUUUCAGAAAGACGACAAGAUUCUUCAAUUGGUUUUGGAGCACCAGUUCGUGCCAAUAUGAGAACUGGUGGAAUCACAGAUUCUGUAGUAACAUCAUCUUUACUUGAGUCAGUAGAAAGUGCUGAUCUUAUUGCAUUUGGCCUCAUACCAGAGUUUAUUGGACGAUUCCCCAUCUUAGUCAGCUUGUCAGCUUUAACUGAAGACCAACUUAUGAUGGUCCUCACUGAACCAAAAAAUGCUCUUGGCAAGCAGUACAAGAAAUUAUUUAGCAUGAAUAAUGUCAAGUUACACUUUACAGAGAAAGCUCUAAGGCUGGUAGCAAAGAAAGCAAUGUCUAAAAAUACUGGUGCUAGAGGUUUAAGAGCCCUACUGGAAAGCAUUUUAACUGAGGCGAUGUUUGAGAUUCCUGAUAUUAAGACAGGAAGUGAUCGAAUUGAUGCAGUUGUUGUUGAUGAAGAGUCAGUAGGAUCACUAACUUCCCUUGGUUGUGGAGGGAAAAUUCUCCGGGGAGAUGGUGCUUUGGAGCAGUACCUAGCUAAGAUGAAAGAUUCAGCGGUUAAUGUUGACGUGGGCGAAUCAGACUUAAAUGAGGGGGAUUUGGAGCUUUCAUCAAGAGCCAUGAGUUUGUAAUCUCAUUAAUCAGUGUAUAAUUUGUUAUUGUUAUUUGUACAAAACUCUUAAAAAAAGAGUUGCUGUAAUUAUCCCUUGUAUAACAGCAUAGCUACUGAUAUCUAAGUUCACUGGAUAGGAAAGAAAUAAUAGAAGAAAAAAGAAAGGUAUAGUGCAGCAAUGCUAAUUUAGGCAGCACAUUAUACAAAAUUUUCAAUUAUUUUUUAGGAAGUCUCAAUGAGUAUUUUCUUCUUUUUUUUUUUUA